CCCCCCUCCCCCCCCUCCGCCAACUAAGUUGCCACCACCCUCGCCUCUCCGCGCCGCCUCGUCACUUUCCUCUGCCUGCCUAUCCAUCAUGUCUGCCCCUACCCCUGCCCCGAUGACCGAGCAGCAGCUCAAGGCCGACGUUGAGCGUCUCUCUCAGCUCACUCAGGAUCUCUCCGACUUCGUGGAGCAGCGCCAGGUCCUCCAGCGUCAGCUGAACGAGUGCCUGACCGUGAAGAAGGAGUUCGACCUCCUUCCCCCCAACGACGAGGACCCCGGCGAUAUGGUCUACAAGAUGGAGAACAAGCGCCUGGUCUCCCUCAGCCUGGCCGAGUCUCGCCAGCAGCUGGAGCGCCGUCUGAAGUUCCUGGAGGAGUCCUCCGAGCGUCUGGAGAAGCAGAUCCUCGCUCGCGAUACUGAGCGCAACAACCUGCUCCUCAAGGCUCCCCAGCUUCGUGCCUACCUCAACCGGGCCAAGUAAAGGCCCCGUUGGUGACUUCCCCCCCCCCCCCCUCCGAGGCUACACGCGGGCCCUCUUGGUCCUCUCGCGGAGCACAUCCAUGCGCGCCUUGCCAGUGAUCACAGGGCAUACUCCCCUGUCCUACUUCAGCGGUAUCCACACUCCAUCGAACAGAGGAUGCCCCUCCCCCCCCCCCCCCCCGCC